AUGAUACCAAAAAAUCUUCACGGUGCAUUUCAAGUGCCAGGGCUCGCUGAAUUCCGAAAGCACUUCCAGGCUCGAGACAGUGAUGUCCUAAUAAUCACCACUCCCAAGUCGGGCACCACAUGGCUGAAGGCCCUCGCAUUUGCCUUGAUGAACCGAAAUAUUUAUCCCAUCAACCAGAACCACCCUUUGCUCAACCAAAAUCCUCAUACUCUUGUGCUACACUUGGAAUAUCCUAACCCUUAUGAUAAACAGCACCCUGAUUAUUCUUUCCAAGGAUCAAGAAGACUGCUUGGAACCCACUGCCCGCUUGUGCUACUGCCGGAGUCAGUGAUGAACUCGGGUUGCAAGAUUGUCUAUCUAUGCAGAAACAUUAAGGAUAUUUUUGUCUCGUAUUGGCACUUCACUAAUAAGUUGGGGAGUACUGAAACCUCUUUUGAGGAAUUUUUUGACCUGUUUUGUAAGGGAGUGAGCUUAUCUGGACCUGUUUGGGAUCAUGUUUUAGGUUACUGGAAAGCAAGCUUGGACAAGCCCCAAAAGGUACUUUUUCUGAAGUAUGAAGAAAUGACACAAGAACCAGCUUUUAACCCGAAACAUCUUGCCGAGUUCUUGGGUUGUCCAAUUUCUCAAGAGGAAGAGACAGCAGGAGUGGUUGAUGAGAUUUUAGGGCUUUGUAGCUUUGAUCACAUGAGGAAUUUGCACAGGCGAAGAAACGAACGAGACACAGUAAUGGUCAUUGGGAAGAAAGAUGUUCCAAAUCAUACUGCCUAGAAGCGGCCGAACAAAAGGAGUAAGCAGGAGGGGUUGGGCCAAAAGGUGAACGAGGCUUUUCGCUCCUCUCCUUCUUUAGUCGGAAGUUAGUACCAGGCCGGGAAAAGAGUUCCAGGCCUUAAGAGCUUAAGAGGAGAUCGAAUUCUCCCCGGAACUGGAAGAUCAUUAUCAACGGAUAUGCUUUUUUUUUUCCCACAGGGGUCGAAAGCAGUUGAAGCGCAGGAAAAC